GUUUGAAUCAAACAUGCGUAGUUAUUUAAGCCAUACUAAAAACAUGGGGGAAUGACAAAUGAGUUUUUGUUUCUUGGGUCUUUGGAAUUCAUUUUCACUUUUCUACCCAACGAUACUUAAAUGGGCGACACUUAAGAACCCUAUUUAAUAUGCUAAUCCGCCCAGGUGGCGACAAAUUAGAAAGUUACAUAAAUGAAUGUGUGGCCUCCAUUUCGGUUAGUGGUUCUCCCUUGCCGAGAUGGCCUAACCCCAAAAGCAAUCCGUUUGCCGCCGGUGAACUGAGCUGCUCCCAUUCCGGCUAGAGAUGGCAGCGGUUCUUGCAAUUAUGUCGCAUAAAAUAAUUAUAAUAGACUGGGAGAACAUUUCCUGCGCCGCUGGCGGCGUCAUCAGCAUUUCGUAAUAAUUAGCCGUGAUGAUGAAGAAGAUCGGGCAGCACAUGUGAAGCAGCAGCAGCAGCAACAGCAGCAGCAGCAGCAACUUGAGACAGCAGUCACUUCAACUGGUGGCAGCAGCAGCAGCAGCAGCAACAGCAGUCCGAACCAGAACUAAGAGCAACCUGUUGCUGCGUCUUUCUUGACUAAUGGCGUGAAGUUAGUUUGCGUUUGGCCAGCGGCUCGUGCGGUUGUGGCCUAUUCCCCGGAAGAAUAGCAGAACUCUUCUCAGAAAUCGGAGUACAAAAAUGUGGUGUGAAACGCAGGUGCGUGGCUGCUGGGAAAAGUAAAACUGAUCGGAAAACUGUGUCAUCGAGCCAGUCAGCAAAGAAUUGGCAUAGUUCCCAUUAUGAUUGUUAUAUAAAAAUCCAUUAGCCCCGCCAACGACCCAUUUGCAAGCGACCCCGAAACUUGUUCGCCUAUCAAGGACACAGAUCUCUUUUCCACCGAGAAGCUCCCCGAGCCCCGUGAGUCACCCAGACAGGCCCAUAAACAGCACCGACUUCUAGUAAAAGUGGAGCAGCAAUAAUAGGAAACGUAAGAAGAAAACGACAGAGCAACUCUUCUCAGCUUAAAAGUGAAUAAGAAAUUGUCAUGCUUUCAUUAGCAACAAAAGCGUUAUAGCCCAUUCUGAUGAGUGUUUCAGUUUGAGUGUCAUCCUCCUCGGGGAGAAGUGAAUUGCGAAUAGUGACCCCGAAUCAGACUCCAAGAUGCAGUUGCUGUUGUGGCUGUGCCUCCUCCUGCUCCUCUGCCAGUCUAGUCCCAGCCAAGCCAAUAUUCUGAACACCCUGCUGGGGGUGCCCGCGGAAUGCGUCCACCAGAGCGGCGUGUGGCCCUGCAAGCUGAGCUUCUCCUGCUGGCUCCAAGGCGGCAAGCACGCGAAGGGAUGUGGCAGCAACAAGUGGCUCUUCAGCUGCUGCGUCGCCGAGGCACAGCAUCCGCACCAGCACCAGCACCACUCCCCCUCCUCGCCGCUGACCAGCCUGGUGGACUAUGGGAAGCUGAAGCUGAGCCUCAACAGCCUGCCCAAGCGGAUCAUGCUGCGCAGACGUGACGACAACGAGCUGCUCAAUCCCAAGCCCGAGUGCGGAUUGCCACGGACGUCGCAGAACACGCUUCAGAAGCGCAUUAUUGGCGGACGCCCGGCGCAGUUUGCGGAGUAUCCGUGGCAGGCGCACAUCCGCAUCGCGGAGUAUCAGUGCGGCGGGGUGCUCAUCUCGGCCAACAUGGUGGCCACGGCCGCCCACUGCAUCCAGCAGGCGCACCUAGCUGACAUCACUGUGUACCUGGGGGAGCUGGACACGCAGGAUCUGGGUCACAUCCACGAGCCGCUGCCCGUGGAGAAGCACGGAGUGCUGCAGAAGAUCAUCCAUCCGCGCUUCAACUUCCGCAUGACCCAGCCGGACAGGUAUGACCUGGCUCUGCUGAAGCUGGCCCAGCCGACGUCCUUCACGGAGCACAUCCUGCCCAUCUGCCUGCCGCAGUAUCCGAUCCGGCUUAUUGGGCGCAAGGGUCUGAUUGCCGGGUGGGGCAAGACGGAGGCGCACAUGGGCCACGCGGGCACCAAUAUGCUGCAAGUCGCCAGUGUUCCCAUCAUAACCACACUAGACUGCAUUCGCUGGCACGAGAGCAAACAGAUCAAUGUCGAGAUCAAGGCCGAGAUGUUCUGCGCCGGACAUUCCGAUGGCCACAUGGAUGCCUGCUUGGGUGACUCCGGAGGCCCGCUGGUGAUCAAGGAGCGCGGUCGCUUUGUGCUCGUGGGCAUAACCAGUGCUGGCUUUGGUUGCGGAGUAGAUCAUCAGCCAGGCAUUUAUCACAACGUUCAGAAGACUGUGAGGUGGAUACAGGAAGUGGUGGCUCGCAACGAGCUAUAGCUGCAGAUGACCCUAGAAAUCCCCUCCGAACCUUUGGCAAUGCAACACAUCUCAUUAGUUUACGGCUCGUAGCAUUAGGCAAUGGCAACGUGCAAUCCGCUGU